CCUAACUCUGCAAAUGAUAGUAGUACAUUUAUUCAGUAUUGUCUGUCACCUCCUCGCCCCAGUAUUAACUCCACAAGGGCACGGCUCUUGGUCUGUUUUGUUAUCUGAUGUUCCCCCUUCCAAGAACCUAGCACAGUGCCUGGCACACAGUAAGCGUCAAAUGAAUGAUGAUAUCUCUACUUUCCCUGGGGGCAGGCACGAGGGCUGCGCCUGUUUUUUCACAAUGUCCCCAGCCCCGAGGGCCCCGUGCCUGGAACACAGGAAGGAGUAAAAGGCAGCAUUGUCCUCAGGCGGCGCUUGCUCACUCCCGUGUCUCCGCCCCCUCACAGGUGGCGCCUUGUCCCCCGAUGGUCGCGGUCGCCCUGCUGCCGUGCCCGCUGUCCGGGCGGGACUUCCUCAAGGCCUCGCACUUUGCACUGGGGCCCGACCCGCGGCUGCACAUGGGCGCCAUGCAAUCCACGUCGCAUCGGGACUUCGGGGCGCACCCGGGAGGCACCCGCGCACCGCAGUGCCAGGAGCCGCCCCGCGGGUCCCUCUUCGCCCAGGACACGCGCUCGGCGGGCACAGAGCUCGGGUCGGAGACGCACUGUGCGUACGCGCCCCCGGGGCCGUCGCCGUCCGCGCGGUCGGAGACGCGGGAGCGCCCCCUCGCCGCGCAGGCCAGCGGCUUGCGCGUGCACGCGGGCCCGCGCGUCCGCACCGGCCUCUCCACCGUGCGCGCCGACUUCGGCUGGCCCGAGCCGCCGGCGCGCGCGAGCGAGCAGAUCCGCGGCGCGCGGCUCAUCUUCGACCGCGACUCGGUGCCGCCUGGCGACAGAGCCAAGCUGCGCAUCCCGCCCACCACCUACCAGGCGUUUUACGCCCCCCACGACCCGUGCCCACGGUCCCGCGCGCCCUGCUGCCACCUCGGGGGUCUCAACCCCCUCAGAUGGGACCACAGGAGACAGGAUGAUGGGACCUCCUACCAGAGGCACUUCCAGGCCCUGCCGAGCGCACCGGCCUUGAUGUGUAAGAGGGCCUUCUCCAGCGUGGAACUGGGAGACUUCAAGAUUGGCCAUGGGCCCAUGUGUUCGGAGCAGAAGCAAGCCUACAGGCCCCAGGGUCUGCCCCCAGACAGGUAUGACAAGGCCCAGGCCGCAGCCCACAUCCACUAUGUGAAUAUUCGUCCUGGAGAUGGCCUGUUCCAUGACAGGACCACCAAAGCUGAUCAUUUCUAUGCCCCAGAGCCAGAGCCUUUUGUCCUUCACCAUGACCAGACUCCAGCAUCGCACAUCCUGGAAGGAAACUGGUGCCCUGGUCCAGGCAGCCUCACCACCUCCAUGCAUUUCUUCCAUGGUCAGCCACCGCCCGUGACCGAACCACCCAGCCGCCACGUGCCUUACGAGAAAUGGAAGAGUCACGUGCGUCUAGGGGACUCCUCACUGCUCGAACAGUUCUUCCAGACCUCCACGGGCACGGACUAUUGCCCCCGUGGGACGCCAGAGAAGCCGCAGAAAGCGCCCAGUCUCCACUUGCUGCGUAGCAACCUGCCCCGGGGCACCGACGAAACAGAUUUUUUAACCACGAACCAGAAGAUGCUGAAGCCUCAUAGAACAGCUCCGGCCUCCGUGACUGAGGACAUGCUACAGCGGUGUAAGUAUGGCCACAUUGAGCCCCCGCUGGGUGGACAGCGCUUCUUCUCAACCCAAUACGAGCAUGAGUUUCCCUCCAAGUACCAGGGCCCAGCAGUGCUGAGAUUGGUCAAUCUGCAGGACAGCCAUGUGCCUCUGGGCUCCCCUCGCCAGUGGGGCUGUGGGGCUGGGAAGGUAGACCCUUGGGCCCCCCAGGCCCCCACCUACCCAUGCCCUAGCCAGCAAUAAACAGUGUCUUGGCAGCAUCCCACCCCACCCUCCAUCAGUCAGCCAUGAAAGAGGAUGCUUCGUGGGUUGGGGACGGUACAGGAGAGAGUGACUCCAUCAAAUAACCCUGAACAGACACUUCCACGGGCCCUGAAGAUCGCCCCGCUCUGGGCAAGGAGGCCAUCCCAGCUUGUGCAAAGGCUUGGCUGUUGGACUCAGUGUAAGGUGUUCAGGUGCACCAACAAAUCUGAAUGAUGUGAAGAGAGGAGUCAUAGCUUUGAACAGGGCAGUGUAGUGAAGGGCUGAGAACAGAUUCCUAGGGCUGAAUGGACAGAGUCCAAAUCUUAAUUCCUCUGUCCUGGGUAGUAGUCUUGGGCAAGGCACUUAGCCCCUCUGAGCCUCAUCUGUUUGCUCAUCUGUAAAGUGGAGAUGAAUGGUAGCUCUCUCAUUAGAAUGUUAUAAAUGAGAAAUGUACACACUUCAGUGUGUGUGGCUGGGGGUCAAGGAGGGAGAGAGCACUUCCCUUCUCAGCAUGAAGGUAUGGA